AUGACCGCGGCGACGGCGCCUCAGGUGCCGCCGCCCGUGCUGGAGGACGCGGUGACGCGGUGCAAGACCAUCGUCUACAAGAACCGCAUACGCCUGAAGGAGUUCUUCGUAGAUUUCGACAAGCUGCGGUGCGGUCAGGUGCGGUCCAACCACUUUGUGACGGCCAUGAGCAUUGCCGGUCUGGAUCGGUACAUGAGUCCCGAAGAGAUCCUGGUGCUGAGUGAGGGCUACAAAGUGGAAGACGGCGCGCCACCGGACCUCGUGGAGUACAGGAAGUUCGUCGAAGAUGUGGACCGGGUAUUCACAUUGAAGGGGCUGGAGACAGAUCCGCUGAAGGAGGUGCCCGCCGAGCCGCUGCACCUCCUGGACAAGCAGCGCUACCAACGGUCCGCCCGGCGCCUCGAAGGGGACAAGGACUGUGGCGUGGAAGACGUCCUGUUCCGCGUGUCGGACAUCGUGCGCAAACGGGGCGUCCUGGUCAAGCCCAUGUUCGACGACGCGGCCGCCGACAACCACAGCAGCAAGGUGGUGGGUCACGUGACGCGUAACCAGUUCGCGCAGUGCCUGAACGUCAAGCUCAACCUGGAGCUGGAGCCGGAGGAGGUGGACCUGCUGGCGGAGAAGUUUGGGCAGAGCGACUACCCGGAGAUGGUGAACUACGUGGCCUUUGCGAACACCGUGGAUCCCAGGGAGGAGCCCUUCGAUCCGUACAAGCUGAGGUGA